AUGACCACCAACAGCGAUUCAGGAAAGUCCUACCAUCGUGAAUGCACGGGCGAGGCGCUGGAGACCGCAAAGGCACACGGCAGCCCCAAGGAUAUUACUAUGUUCGGCAGCUGCUUUUGUCCGUUCGUGCAGCGCGUAUGGAUAGCCUUGGAAUUCCUUGGCAUUGAUUACAAGGUCUACGAAGUCGAUCCGUAUUCAAAGCCAGCUGACCUUCUUGAGGUGUCCGCGAAGGGUCUAGUCCCUGCGCUUCGGCUUGAAACGUACGAUCCUCCGCGAGCGAUAAGUGAAAGUACUGUGAUCCUGGAGUUUUUGGAGGAUCUAGCAGCGAUGACGACCCAGCGCACCCUUUUGCCCCCAGGAAUAAAUCCAUAUGCCCGCACUCUCGUCCGGCUUCAGGCCGAUCAUGUGAACCGCACGCUGGUUCCGGCUUUCUAUCGGUAUAUUCAGGCCCAAAAUGAAGAGAGUCAAAUACGCGGGGGCAAGGAGUUCGUCCAAGCAAUUGACGGCCUUGUGAAGCUCUUCCAGAGGGCGCAGAGGGAAGGCGACAUUCACUGCGGCCUAUGGUCUGAAGGAGGCACACUAAGUCUGGCGGACGUGAUGGUCGCUCCUUGGAUCUUCCGCGCCACCAAUGUCUUGGUGCACUAUCGCGGCUUCCAGCUCCCCGAAGGCACGCAGUUCCGCUCUUAUGUGGAGCGCCUGCUCAGCUUCCCGGCUUUCAAGCGUACAUGCAGCACGGAGCAGCUGUACAUUGAUAGCUACGAACGGUAUGCGUUCAAUCGCCCCAACACAAGUCAAGUAGCAAAUGCGAUCAAUUCUGGAGCCGCGUUGCCUUGA